CUGCAAAACACAUACUAGGAACGGUCACCGAUAUGUGGAAAAUAAAAUUAAUUGAAAAAUGCAUACAGUUUUUAAUUUUAUGACGUAUCAAAAAUAAUUUACGAAUUUUUGGUGCUUUCUUUAUUGUUGUUAAUGUUAUACUUAUUGACACGUCACUAUUAUCAUCUGCACUAGAAGAUGGCUGCGCCCAUUACAAACUAGCAAAACAAACUGAAUCAUGACUUUUUACAGUUCGAUUUUGACUGUGUCUGUUAUACUUGUUGGAAUUGGUAGAACAGGAAAAGCAAACUUUAGUCCAAUAAAAGAUGAUGAUUUAUAUGAGAUAAAUUGGUCUGGUCAAACUAACAUAGAGAAAAUUAAACAUGAAAGUAAUAACAGAGAAAUAAUCCUGAUGCAAACAGAAGAAAAUGAGUACUUUCAGUGCGUUAUUCCAGAGUCAAGAGAAUCCAUUGAUGCAACCAGGAAAGCAACUUAUAAUGGUCCUAGUCCAGACGAAUUGAUGAAGGAGUUGUUUUCUUCCCCAUCCUGUUCAUAUAGGAUAGAAAGUUAUUGGACCUAUGAGCUAUGUCAUGGGAAGCAUAUCAGGCAGUAUCAUGAUAACAAGGAACUGGGCGUGCAGGUCAAAACACAGGAGUAUUUUCUGGGGAAAAUGAAUACUCCAAAAGAGCCAGAACAUAAAGACCCGCCAUCUAAAGAUGUUGAAACACAGCCAAAUAGAGAAUUGAGAACUGUGAAGAUUGAUGGGCUUGAGCUACCGUACUAUGGAGUGGAGAUGGGUGAGGGCACGACCUGUGACUUGACUGGCAAGCCCCGGCUCAGUCAUGUGAAGUACAUAUGUCAGCCGAACGGACGAGGUGAAAUAUACCACUUGAAAGAGACCUCCAGCUGUGAAUAUGAUGUCAUCAUUCUCACAGCUGUCCUGUGCAGACACCCUAGUUUUAAACCAAAGGACCCUCCAGUGAGUCCCAUUGACUGUCAUGCUAUGGAUGGUUCACCUCAGAAACCUAGCCAUCUUGCACAGCUGCUUCAGGACGAAGGAAUAUUGUUGGAGCCUCAAACAGCUGACAACAUUGAGGCCCCUUCUGAAGGGUCCCCUCUGCCACAAGGUGCCCCAGCCACUGCAAUACCUUCACAGACGACUGCCCCACAGAGGACAAAUGCACAAGAGGCUAAUACCAAAAUUGGUAUAGAAGCAGAUAAAUCAUUAUUGCGGGAUUUCCUGGCUGGAGAUUAUUGUAUUCAUGGGGGCAGUGGUUGGUGGAAACACGAGUUCUGUUAUAAGAAACAUGCAAAGCAGUACCAUGAGGAUAAGAACGGCGACACAGUUGUGUUUCUGGGUCAUUGGGACAAGGAGCAGCACUUGCAGUGGUUGAAUAAAAACCCAUCCAAGAGGCCAAAACCUUUGGAGGAGAGAAAAUUUGUGUCAAUGCUGUACACCAACGGGGAUGUAUGUGAUCUGACAAAUAAACCAAGAUUUGUUGAAGUGAAAUUAAAAUGUUUAAAAGAUGCAGUACAGCCACAUGCAGUGUCAAUAUACUUGGUGGAGCCUAGUCCUUGUGAAUACAUACUAGGGGUUGAAUCUCCAUUGUUAUGCAAUAUUUUAGAAGAAGCUGAUCAGAAUGGUCUACUGGAUCAUGUAGUUCUUUAAAUCCAACAAUUUUUUAGAUAUUUAUUAGCUCGGCUGUUUUUGGAGAAAAUCCAAGGUAUUGUCAUAGCCAGCUCGUCGUGUCGUCCGCGUCAUGCUAAAACUUUAACAUUUUGUCAAGGUUUUGAACAUUGGCUCUAAAAUCAUAGUGCUUCCACCUACAACUUUGAAACUUCAUAUGUAGAUGCACCUUGAUGAGUUCUACACGCCACACCCAUAUUCACUAGGUCAAAGGUCAAGGUCACUGUGACCUCUAAAAAAAAAAAAAAAAAUCUGACAAGCUUUCAUUUCUUCAAAAAUGCACCUGCAGCCCAGCGUGGCACCCGUUAUGCGGUGCUCUUGUUUUGGGUAAUAUUGUGUAUUGUUUGUUUUUGUUUUUAAUGCAGACAUAGGUAAGCAUAUGAUUUGUUCACUGCCAUUCUGUCCAGACCUUUUGGUCUCCGUCCUAAACCAGAUUUCAUCACCAAACAUGUUUAUUCGCAUGAAAUUGAGGCCUAAUUCAAUAACUAGCCAAAAUCUCAUCAGGCUCAUUGGAGUUCUUGCCCUUUAAUUUCUCAAGUUUCGGCACUUUGAUCAUUUCUGCUCUCAACCUUGGCCAGUUUUCAAAUGCUUGUCAACCAACAAUUAUGCAAAAGUAAACAAUCAUUAUUAUGUAUGGGCUGCUCUCCCAAGCUCAAAUGGUCAAGUUCAUACAUUGACGUCAAAUGUCAAAUUUUGGGCAUACAACAGCUUGAAAAUUCCUGUCUUAGUCAUAACUUUGCCAUGUAUUGAUUGAUUUUGAAAUAAUUUGGCACAAAUGCAAAGAAUCUUAAAACAUGUAAACCGUAAUACUUGUCUCACUACUUUAAAGGUCAAGGUCACACUUAGAGCUCAAAGCUCUCAUUGGGCCAUAACACAGUUUUCCAGCCUUAAAUUUUGUAAUUGAUCAUGUCCUUUUAAAAUAACUUACCAGUUAUUGCAAUCAUGAGAAGGCUUGUCAUGUGUAACAACUGUCUCCUUACCUCCAUGUCAAGUUAAUGGUGAAAUUUUGCCAUAAAACAGCUUGGCCAGACUGUACGUUUUUAAUCAUGAAAAUUAAAAAAUUAUUUUCUUGACAUGAUCACUAUGAGGAGACUGAGUGUAGUGUGUAACCUGUCUCCUGAGGUCAAAUGUCACACUUAGAGGUCGAAAGUUGUCUAAAACAGCUUGUUUAAAUUUAGCACAAAAUGGUCUGCUUUUGUGUUCACUUAAUUUGAUAUGAUAAAAAAGGGCAAACCUAAAAAAGUUGUACAUGUACUAAAUAAAUAAAAAUAAUAUAUUCCUCAAAUAUAUAGCUUUGCUCUGUGAAAAAGGGGUUUAAUGGAUGUGCUUAAAGUGUUGUAUUAGAUUAGCCUGUGCAGUCUGCACAGGCUAAUCAGGGACAAAACUUUCCGCAUUUAAGAUAUUUUUCGUUUCAAGAAAGUCUCUUAUUAGCAAAAUUCAAGUUUAGGCGGAAAGUGUCGUCCCUGGUUAGCCUGUGCAGACUGCACAGGUUAAUCUGAGACGACACUUUACGCACAUGCAUUAAACCCCCUUUUCACACAGCGUGUGUCAUAUAUAUUUGCAUAAAGCAAGUACCAGUUAGCAAAAACAAAUUCAACCCAAAGUAUACUUUGGAUAGUAAAGUAAGAACAAUGAAAAGCCACAACAAUACAGUCAUUAAAGGUCUUCUGCCUUUUAAUUGUUCUCAUUACCUUAUAAAGAUAGAUUAAUGCAUAGCUUCUUUUUAUGCCCCAGGUAGGGUGGCAUAUACCGGCUGAAGUGUCCGUCAGUCCGUCUGUCUGUCCGUCCGAAAACAUUAACAUUGGCCAUAACUUUUGCAAUGUUGAAGAUAGCAAUUUGAUAUUUGGCAUGCAUGUGUAUCUCAUGGAGCUGCACAUUUUGAGUGGUAAAAGGUCAAGGUCAUCCUUCAAGGUCAAAGGACAAAUAUAUGGCUUCAAAGCGGCACAGUAGGGGGCAUUGUGUUUCUGACAAACACAUUUCUUGUAUUGAUAAAUUUUAAAACUACUACAUUAUUAUGUCGUCAUCUUACUAGAAUAGCAAUAAGUGGAAUGUUAAACCAAGCUUAUUGGAUGCAUGAUAUGUAUGCAUUUAUUUAUAUAUGUAUGUCUGUCUGUCUUUGUGUUUGGCCUUUCUUUUUGUCUGUCUAUUUAUUUAUGUAAUGCACUUUUCUGCUCCACCAUCCUGAAUAGACUGCUAUUUAAAUGAUAGGAGUUAUCUGUUCGUAGUGCACAGAUGACGAUUUAAUCUAUAUAUCCUUAUGUGAUGUUUUAUCAGUCGUAGUAUAUAAUGUUUAUGAUAAUAAAUUGGUGGAUGUAAAA